AUGAUUUACAAACUUGAUUUACAAACCUGUAUAAGGCUGUGUAUGCAUAUGGCGCCGGCCACCGCGACCACCGCGCCCUCGCCAGAGACGCCGCCAACCCGCCUCCUCGACCUCCCCACGGAGCUCCUCGUGCGCGUCGUCUCUUGCUGCGACCCCGCCGACAUCGCUCACGUGGCGGCCGUCUCGGUGCUCUUCCACGCCUCGCUCGCAGAGGAGGGCAUCCGCUUGCGCCUGCAAGAGGCCGGCUACGCGCUGCCGGCGCAGCCAGAGGGCGAAGGCUGCGCCGUGCGGUGGCUGUGCGUCUAUGCCUUGCUGCGCGAGUCCAACCCGCCGGCGAGGCUGGCGGCGGGCGGACAGCACAGCGUCUUCAUCGACGGCGAGGGGCGGCUCUCGUCGUGCGGCACGGCUGCGGAGGGCGAGGAGGAUGACGACGAGGACGACGAGACCGCUGGGGAGGAACUUCCAGGCCUUCUCGGCCACGGCGAGGGCGUGCUGCAGCUGAAGACGCCGACCCGUCUCCCGUCGCUCCUCGGAGGCGAGCUCGCGAUCGGUGUGGCGGCGUCACGAUACUUCAGCCUCGCUCUCUCCGCGUGCGGCAGCGUCUGGAGCUGGGGCUGCGGCUGGCAGGGCAGGCUGGGACACGGCGACCAGCAGAUCCAGUGGCAGCCCAAGAAGAUUGAGGCCUUUGCUGGCCAGCGCGUUGUCGCUGUGUCGGCAGGAGGCCACAGCCUCGCCCUCACCGCCGACGGCGCCGUCUGGAGCUGGGGCAGUGGAGCCUGGGGCCGGUUGGGCCACGGCGACCAGCAGCACCAGCUGCUCCCCAAGAAGAUCGAGGCCUUUGCUGGCCAGCGCAUCGUCGCUGUGUCGGCUGGAUCCGACCACAGCCUCGCCCUCACCGCCGACGGUGCCCUCUGGAGCUGGGGCUAUGGAGCCUUUGGCCGGCUGGGCCACGGCAACGAGCAGCGCCAGCUGCUGCCGAAGAAGAUCGAGGCCUUUGCUGGCCAGCGCGUCGUCGCUGCGUCGGCUGGAUACGCCCACAGCCUCGCCCUCACCGCCGACGGCGCCGUCUGGAGCUGGGGCUAUGGAACACUUGGCCGACUGGGCCACGGCGACAAUCACGACCAGCUAGAACCGAAGGAGGUCGAGGCAUUGGCGGGGCGGCGCGCCGUCGCUGUGUCGGCUGGAAUGUCGCACAGCCUCGCCAUCACCGCCGACGGCGCCGUCUGGAGCUGGGGCGAUGGAGACGAUGGCCGGUUGGGCCACGGCGACGAGCAGCGCCAGCUGCUGCCAAAGAAGGUCGAGGCCUUUGCUGGCCAGCGCGUCGCUGUGUCGGCAGGGGAAGACCACAUCCUCGCCCUCACCGCCGACGGCGCUGUCUUUACUUGGGGCGCUGGCGGACUCGGCCGCUUAGGCCACGGAGAGGACUUGUCGAACCAGCUGCUGCCCAAGAAGAUCGAGAGCUAG